AUGAGUUUAAAGACUAUCUCAAGAAACAUAUUUUUAUUGGGAAUCGUCCUCGCAGUAUUCUUGGUCACAUUUGAAUUACUUGUCAGGCAUAAAACUGUUCUCAAGCCUCUAGCCAGAGGGAUUAGUCAGGUCAAGUUGCAACCACUUGAGCCAAGCUCAGAAAGAAUCAAUAUAUUAGAAGAAGAUGGGAAACUAAGAUUCAAUGGAUGGGACAAAAAUGUUGGAGACAAGUACUUCAUCAAUUAUAGAGAUGCUCAAAAUGAAUAUUUCUCCUAAAAGUAUAGCUAUAUGAAGUAUAGGGCUUGGAACUUUGUAAUGGUAUAUAUGCCACACCACAUCAUUUAGAUGCCGAUAACAAACUUCUGGCCAGCCUGUGUGACGUCCGUAUAGAUCUACCCAAGAGAAGACCCCACAAAUCUCAUCAAAAACAGAAGGAUUUGGGAAUCUAAUCCUCUUAAUUGCGCAAAUUUAGAUCUAAACUCUGUUGAAUGGCUUAACAACACCAUGAUUGAAGAAGGAGACUCAAAGAUUCAAUUCUAGAGAUAAGAUAAUGGGAAAUUGAGACUUACCAUCAGAGCACCAAAGAUUGGGUUUGAGGCUGAUCUGAAAUUAGACGACAAGGUCGUAGACGAUCAAUUCUUCCUGAUGCCUUUAACUGAUGAUAAGCAGAGUUACUUUGCUAACUCAAAGAAGUUCGGUAUCAAGGCUGAAGGUUAGUAUACUUAUGGAGGCUAAACUCAUUAAUGUAAAACUGAAGACCACUGUUUGGCAUUAUAUGAUAAUGGCAGAGCGCAAUUCACCUAUCAUACUAACUGGUUCUGGGCUAGUUUCACUUAUCACAACUCACAGUUGAACAAAGAUAUCUCAAUUAACUUUGGAGAUGGAAUAGGAACAGAUUACAAUCCAAGUGAUAACUAGAAAUUUUAUGAGGAUUUCAUAAAUAUUGAAGGAGAGAUGAUCAAGUUAGAUCAGACAGACAUUGAAUACAGUGAGUAAGAUAUGAUGCAAACUCAUAAGUUUAAAACUACCACAAUAAACAAAGCAUUCAAGAACAGAUCUUGUGAUUUAAUGUUUGAACCAACUGGAGUUGCUAAAGACGGAAUACAUAUCAUUGUAUUGGGGAUAACUUAAUACCUUGUAUAUGGCUUUUGGUCAGGCUUUUGCGAAAUAGAUGGAUUGAAAAUUCAUUUCGACAAAGUUUUAGGGACAGUAGAACAUGUCAGAGCAAGAUGGUGA